GCCCCGGAAGCACAGCCGCCCGAGCUCUCCGAGCCGGCAGAAACGUCGCUCCCGCAGCUGCAACCGCCGCCGCCGCCGCCGCAGCCACCGCCACCGCCACCAAAUCCACAGUCAUGCCGAAGCACGAGUUCUCCGUGGACAUGACCUGUGAAGGCUGCUCAAAUGCCGUCAGCCGGGUGCUGAACAAACUGGGAGGAGUUGAGUUUGACAUUGACCUGCCCAACAAGAAGGUUUGCAUCAACUCUGAGCACAGCGUGGACAUUCUGCUGGAGACCCUGGAGAAAACAGGAAAGGCUGUUUCCUACCUUGGCCCCAAGUAGCGAGGGCCCAGACCCCUGGGCCCAAGAUGGACCAAAGGGAGCAGACCAGGAAACUGCAACCUCAAUUUGCCCAAGGCCUCACUGUUCCUUGGUGUUGGAUCAGAAUUUGAACCUAGACAGUGCACCUGCAGAGCCUGCUCUUUGACCUCUAUGCUAAGAACGACUGCCUUCCACUAAUGGUCUUGGAGUGAGGAGGACAGACUACUAUGGAGCAGAAGCACUUCAUCACCACUCGGGUAUCACAUCCGUUCAGACCCCCUUUGCCCCCAGUUUGUGCUCCGUCAGCAGCAGUUUGAUGUCUAAUUCAAGAUGUCUCAGCACAGGGAGUAACAUGCCCUGAGAUGUGGAUGCCAAACUUUCCAGCAGAACAAGAGCCCGGCCCUCAAAUUUACCCCGAGCGCCUGUCCUGUAUGUCCUACGCUGUCUGUAUGAGCCAUCCUCCAACACUGCAAAGGUGACCAAAUGGAGCAUCAGGAUCUGCAAAUGUCCUGACCUUAGGUGUGGGGACACAUCUCACGACCUCCCCCAUCUCUGGACUGUCUCUGGACCUUGCCUGAACGCCUGCCGCAGGUCCCCCUCUGUGACAGGUUUCUAUGUUGUAUACAGGGGCACCACAGCCCCAGGGCCUUUCUGCCUGUUAUCACUCACUUUUCCCCUGGGCAAAGGAGCUGAGGAAUUGUCCGGCCUAAUGCACAACAGGAAGCUUUCAGGACUUGGAGCACCAUGGAGUUGCUGUGGAGACCUGAGCCGUUUAGCUCACCCUGACUCUUCAGGUUUCUCCUUGUCCUCCAGCACAGGAAGAGGCCAAGGAAGGAUGAUGGGAUGAGGUAAUGGGCCUGAGAGACUUUAUCUUUGAGAAGGUUCUGGAAAGGCCCAGGGGCCACAGGUAUUGUUUUUGUCCUUAGGCUGACCACCUUUCUGAGAGGAGUGUUGGUGGGGGUUGGGCAUGCUGGGCAGCCCGUUCAGAGGACAGGGGGGUUGGGACAGUGAAAGGCCAUCAGCAUCGCUGACCUGUUUCUGUCAAGAGCAUAACCCUGGAAAAUCCCAGAGCUUCACAUGGCCCAGUCUGUGCAGAGUCCCAGUGGAAGAAAACAAAGUCCCACCGUCACAAGUCAUUUUUAGAAGCUCUAUAAUCUUUACUUCUGUAUCUCUAAGAGCAUUAAAAAGGAUCUAAUUAAUAAUCCGUACAAAACUCCAUUUCUGUUCUGUCAGAUUCCUUCAUCUCUUCAUUCCUAUUGCCUGACUGCCAGGAAACUGCAAAACCCCACACGUGGGACCUGUGGAUUUUUGCCUCUUCCUUCCUUUCUUCCUUCCUUCCUAUUAACUAAAAAAACCCACCUCUUUAGCACUUCUUAUUUUGAACUAGCCAUCGAUUCACAAGAAGUUAAAAAGACAGUAGUACUCAGAGGUCCCAUGUAUUCUUUACCCAGUGUCCUACAAUGGUUACAUCUUACAUAAUUCUUUCCUAUUAAAUUUUAAUAGCUCGGGGCGCCUGGGUGGCUCGGUGGGUUAAGCGUCUGCCUUCGGCUCAGGUCAUGAUCCCGGGUCCUGGGAUCGAGUCCGGCAUCAGGCUCCCUGCUGGGCGGGGAGCCUGCUUCUCCCUCUGCCUCUUCCUCUCUCUCUCUCUCUGACUCUCAUGAAUAAAUAAAUAAAACAUUUAAAAAAAGACAUUUAAAAAUAAAUAAAUAAAUAAAUUUUAAUAGCUCAUCUAAUCCUUGCAACAACUCCAUGAGAUCACUAUUCUCAUGACCAUUUCACAUAAGAAGAAACUGAGUUCCAGAAAAAUUAAAUACAUUAUUCAAGAUCCCUAGCAAUUUGGUGCAGAAUUAGGACUUAGAAUCAUAUUUCUUGACUCCAGACUUUGUCCAUGCUUACGUUCUUUUUUUUUUUUUUUUUUUUUAGAGAGAGGGAG